AGUCAUAGCAAGACAUAAUCAGGUUAAGUCCGAUUACGCGUGAGAUUAUAAAGGCGAGCUGGGGAACGCAUACACAUUCCGCGGACUGUUGUACAGUAAAGACACGUGGCCACUUCAUCCUGAUGUCCAAUAGCGAGCCGGACGAGAGCAGGGACACGAGUGAGUAGUUCAGAGUGAGAGUGAAAGAGAGCGAGAGAGAGAGAGAGAGAGGAAGUGAACAGGAGGAACCCGUAUUCACUCAGACUCUUCUUCACGGCUCCGAUCGCACCACAACUCCUACUGCAGCACUUGGAAUAUUCCGUGGCUGGAUUUCUUCGAGCUCAGUGAAGCAGGAUGUUUUACUUCCACUGUCCCCCACAGCUGGAUGGGGAGUGCUGCAGAACUAAUACCUUGAAUUCAAACGGCUUUGGGAGCCAUGCCUCUGGAGACUUCGAUGACGGUUUUCUCAGGAGGAAACAACGCAGAAACAGAACAACCUUCACUUUACAACAGUUAGAAGCACUGGAAGCCGUGUUUGCCCAAACUCACUAUCCGGACGUGUUCACAAGAGAAGAACUGGCUAUGAAGAUUAAUCUGACAGAGGCCCGUGUCCAGGUGUGGUUUCAGAACCGAAGAGCAAAGUGGAGAAAAACAGAGAGAGGCAGCUCGGACCAGGAAGGCACAAAGGAGCAAAUGAGUGAAGGAACUCCUUCUGCCAGAAACCUCAACCAGUCCCCUGUGGAUCAAAGCAGAAAUAAAAAAGAACCUCUGGAAGCACAACAGAAUGUUAACAGAGCUGUUGGUCCUGGAGGGCCCUUUUUCCCAUCCUGUUUGCCUGGGACUCUUCUCAACACUGCGACUUAUGCCCAAGCUUUGUCACAAGUGGCAACUUUGAAAGCAGGAAGCCCCCUGUGCUCUUGUUGCGUUCCUGACCCUAUGGGCCUCUCCUUCCUACCUCCUUAUGGGUGCCAGAGUAACCGGACAGCAAGCGUGGCAGCUCUGCGCAUGAAGGCCAGGGAACACUCUGAGGCUCUGCUGCAGUCAGCCAACCUACUUGGGGCAGUACCAGGGCCAGGGGCCAGAGUUUCUGUUGGUCUCACUCAAACCACCAAUGCAGUAGGAGGGGAAGAGUCCAGUCCUGCCUCUGGUUCCUCAAAGCUACCAACCCAGGGAACUACCCCUGAAAAGCAGCUGCACUGCCCAAAGGAGAACCCGGAUAAGAAAUAAGGGAGUCAUUUUUGCCAUCACAGCACGUCUCCCCCUCCUGGACAUAAGGAAUUACAAUCUCAUAAUGAAUGCCUGCUACCCCUUUCCUCCCAUGCAGUCAAAACAACAGGGCAAGGUGUUCAGUGUUAUAUACUAUUGUAUUAUAAUUUGAGUGUGGGUGCAUCAAACUAUUUAUUCAAUUGUUGUUUAUCUAUCAUUGUUACAUUUUGCUUAUUAUUAUGAAUGAUAUAUUGUCUAUAUACCUUUGGCACUGUAAAUGGUUUUAAUGGUGGAGAGACUGUUUGUGGGAUGAAUUUACCCUGGCUGCCAAUGUGAAUUCAUAUAUUUUUCCAGCCCCUUUGAUGUAAGACUUAUAUUGCCUUGUAUACUGUGACGUCAGGUGAUAUAAGGAGCUGCAUUGUGUGAAGGACAUUUUUUUUCUAAAAUGUAACAAUAAUAAUAAUAAUAAUAAUUAUAUAUAUAUAUAUAUAUAAAUACACCAUGCGCUAAUAUAAAUGACCUAAUGUGAAAUAAUAUGCAAGUGUAUAUCUAUUGUGUUUUCUUAAUCUGGUAAAAAGCAAUUUUGUCUGACUGGUCAUGCGAUGUGACACUCUUGUUGUCAUCACAUCUGCAAGGCAAUGACAGACUGUGAGUGUUCUCACUCUGGUCCUGUUUUGACAUGCUCUGUAAAACAAUUAAACAUGUAGACAUUCAUGUACGUCUUCUGUUGCCUAUUGCACACCAUCUGGCUGUGAUCAAUUAUUAAUUGACUUCCUUGUAUACAAAAGGUAGAGCUGAAAAAACGGAAGCAAGGGUUGGACUUAUUAUUUAUUUAGUUUACGCUAAACCACUGGCUCUUUUGCAUUUGAUGCACGAGUGGAUGGUUAUUUGGAUGGUGAAAUGUACAGGCUUUACUGUUCAUGAGGUGCCUUUCAUGCUGAGUCCAUAAGGAUACUUUUGGUUGAAGCUGGUUAUACAUACAGAUAUUUUAAUAAGCUAUUUCUGACACUAAGCAUAUACACUACAGGCCAAAGGUAGCAAGCAUAUAUAAGCAUGUAUAAGAAACUCUUAACACAUCUGAAUUAAUCAAGUGUUCAGAUGCAUCUGAAUGUCUGAAUCAGAGGUAUUUGAUUGGGUUUACUAUAAAAUAAAUAAAUAAAUAAAUAAAAACUAAACUUUUUGUCUAGUUGUCCACUCAUGGAGGUCCCGUGAUGUUUAGUUAGCUAUGUGUUUAUUCAUUAUAACUUAAUGAUAAUUCCAAACUUUUGGCCUGUAGUGUUUAAGCAUGUUAUGGAAAUAUGGGCUUUCUAGAUAUGAUAAAGUUCUAAACCAAUAUAGUUUAAAUGCAGUUAUUGGUGCAGUGUUAAGGACAAUAAGGCACUGUAUGACAUGUGGUCUUUUGAAAAGUAUCAUUAAAUUUGGGUAGUUGUCUUUAUUAAGAUCACUCUGGUAUGUUUCCAAGACAGAGUUCAACUUUAGCAUUCAUAAUCACAGUACUACAAGAGUCAGAGUUUGGGAAUUGUUACAGAAAAGUCAAAUUAGUAUGUUACUCAUUUGUGCAAUCCUUUCAUAUAGUAUCAUCAGUAGACAAUCAUUAUUUUCUUCACUCCAUUAUUUUCUUCACUUCAACUCCAUCGAAAAUCACUAAUUAAGGGCCAGACACAUGAAUGUACAUCACUUAAUAGGACUGCAUCUGAAAAGGACUUAAACUGAUUAAAUUCAUGUCCUUGAGGAUUUUCAGGAAAUUACUUUUGAUAGUCAAUAACACAAUUAAGUAAACUACACACACAUUAGCAUGAAUAAUUGAUAUGGAAUUAUGUAUCAUCACAAAGUACUGUCUUAAUAAUUCAUGACGCGACACCCUACUGACAUGGCAGAGCUCGAUAAUGUCAGAAGAGCUGUGUGCUGCCAGAGCAUGCUUGUAUUUCUCUAAAAUGUACUGUAUAUCAAAGUGAAUUUGUGUGCUCAAUGUUUAAGUGUUGAAAAUAGCGUUGACUUUAAACUUAAUUCUGGAUUAGUUUAGGAUUGUUCAACCCACACUACACAUUUUAAAGAAGAAUGUUAUUAAAGUCAUUCUGAAUGUCAAGAUUUUCGAGGAAUAUACAGUGUGCAGAUUUUGAUAUCUAUGUAUUGAGCUUAGAGCUCUGAUAUUUCUGUAAAAUAUUAAACAUUUGGUUCUUCAUACAGAGCCAUUCUUGUCAGUUACCUGUUUAUUCAAUUACAUUUGUAGCAGUUCAAUUCAGCUAUACUGGCCUUAUUUAAUACAAUUCUGGCUUGUUCAGUAGCAGAUCAAAGUUUUACACAUACAUACAGAAUGAGACAUCUUUCGUCUUUCUGUGUAAUUUGUGGUUCACACAAUAUAGACAGACAGGAAAUUCAGACAGACAAUAUUUAAUUUUUAAUUGUGUGCUUUGACCUUGUCUUGCAAUUUAUUAUUUACAUUUUCUUUUCUAAUAUUGUUUUGAUGCUGUUUGUUUUAUAUUGUCCAUAGGCCUCAGUACUGUGACUCUAAAUAUUAUAUAUACAUUAUGAAAUGAUACAGACAGACUAUAUUUAAAUGUGUUAUUAUCAACUGAGAUUGACUUGACUGGGUCAGUUUGUUGGUGUUGAAAUUGGUUAGUUAGAAAAAGAUUAAUAAAUUAUUUUGUUCUUGGGAA